AAAAUCCUAGGCACAAGAUGAGAAAUGUCCACAACCUCAAUUCACAUUUCACACCAACUUCUUCUCCUUCCCCAUCUCACAUUUGUCGUUCAAAUCAAACGGGGCGUGCACCACCCUUUCACCUACUCAACACCCUCUUCCCCCACCUCCGCCGCCGCAGCUCGUAUUUUCUUCUCUCUUUCAAUUUUUUUAAUUCUCUUUCUUGCUAGCGCAGCCGCAUCACCAUUUCAACCUCCUCAAAUAUGAAUCCUAUCCGAUAAUCUGCUCUCUUUUUUCCGAUCGGAUUCGCUUACUUACUUUUACUCUCAUCUUGCGAGGAUCUAAGGCUAUUUCUCUCUUUUAUCAAGUGUAUAAAUUCAUAUCACAGAAUGAAGAGGUCGUCAUACUAUAAUGCGGUUCCUCAGGUGCCAGAUCAGUGGCCAAUCAAAAAAGCACUCACCCUAUCUGAUAUUGAUAUCACACAUCCUUUCCUAACGCUGUCUCGGCAACAAGUUGAAACUAACAUCGUAGUGUACAUGACACCUCAAGAUCAAGAAAUCUUAAGAGCUGAAGGACAAGUGGGUUUUAAUGCUCAAGAUGAUGAUAAUGGCGAUAUGUAUGCGAUGAGAUUGAAGUGGCGUGGGAGCUAUUAUAAUCUCAUUGGGAAAUGGGGAAAAGUUGUGCGUGGAAAGGGACUUGAUGUUGGGCAGGAAAUUAGACUACGGUGGUUUAAUGGCUGCUUACAUUUCUCAGUGCCACAACAACAGAUUGUUCCAGUUCCACCACCAGUCCGCUUGGUUGCAGCACCACCUAUGGUGCAGGACCAUUGGCCUAUUAGAAAGAUCUUGACAUCGUCAGAUGUUGAUACCACUCAUCCUUUCCUUCCAUUGCCUCGUAAGUUGGUUGAAGAGCAUAUUCUUGCACAGUGGACGCCACAAGAAAGGGAAAAAUUGAGGAAAGAAGAGCAGGUACCUAUUAAUGUUCGAGACUAUGAUACAGGUGAAAUUUUUGGUUUGAAAUUAAGGUGGCGUGGAAAUUACUAUAACCUAGUUGCAAAGUGGGCUAAUGUUAUUAGACAUAAAGGACUUGGUGUUGGGCAAGAAAUUAGAUUACGCUGGGUUAAUAAUUGCUUAUACUUCUCUGUUCCAGAGGAGCGUUAUGUCACUGCAACACCGGGUCCUGAUAAUUGGCCUAUUAAGAAAGCUCUCACAUUGUCCGACGUGGAUACAAAUCAUCCUUUCCUUACUUUGCCAGGCAAAGCAGUAGAAGAUCACAUCCUCUUCUACUGGACACACCAAUCUCGGGAGCAAUUAAGGAAUGAACAUCAAGUUGGCAUCAAUGCUCGAGAUUAUGAUACGGGUGAUGUGUAUGUGAUGAAGUUGAAGUGGCGUGGAAGUUAUUACAACCUGAUUGGUAAAUGGGGUAAACUCAUAAGAGAGAAAAGGCUGCAAGUAGGGAGGGAGAUCAGAGUACGAUGGGACAAUGGUUACUUGGUAUUCUCAGUUCCUGAGCUAUAGGGUGGUUUCCUGUAGAUGUAGGUAAGGAUGAUUCUCCUCUCUUUUAUAAUUUCUAUUCAUUUAUCAAAUCAGUUACGAGGAAUGCCUUUGUUCCCGGUUUUUCUUUGUGGUUGUACUGACAUGAGUUACAAACACUUAUUCAGAUUGAUAUAAUGAAUGUGGUAGUUUUACUGGGACAAGAAGUUUCAACUUGGUUACAAUUCAUUUAAAUUGUUUGUGGAUAGAAUGAACAAGCACACUGGUGGCUGACAGCCAAAUAUCUUCAAAAUUGAAGAGAGCAAUUAAGAUCAAUGUUGCUAUGUACAGAUGGAAGAUUCUCAGUUAUGUGGUGUUUGUUCUUGAAGUUGAGCAUUUUCUUGUGCCAUUCUCUCUUCGGAUUGAGACUGAUUCCUCAGCUGAUACCAUCGGAAAAGUUGUGGCAAGCGAAGGAUCUAUCCGGUAAUAUAUAUCCUUUUCCUCUGAUGAAAUGCAUUAGAGUGGUGAUACCUAGUGUUAAUCCAAUCAAGUAGUACAAACAUAUUAUCUACAUUAUUCAAUUGAAAUUUAUCUUCUUGUAUAUUAGGUCCUUUACUUUGUCUAAUGCAGUGAUUUUCUUGUACCAAA